AUGGGUAAUUCGUGCGCAUGCAUCAAGGAUGCGAACUAGAAUGAAGUAGAGUCAAUCAUAAAUCAUACAGAUAAGAUCCUGGUCGUAAUAAAAAUUCAAAAAGCCAUUAGAGGAUAUCUUGCUAGAAAAAAGACUAAUCAGUUAAAACAUUAGAAGUUUUAAAAGUUUGGUGGAGAUUUCUAGAAGAAAAAUCAUCAAGGGAAAAGUUAUAGUGCUUAUCCAGAUUAAAAUCAAGGCAGUUACUUGAAUGAUAGCAAUAUGAAUAUGGAUAACCUUCUAGUCAAGUAAAUUGCAGAGAAAGUAGGUCCAUUUGAAUAUGAUAAAGAUUUGAAAGAGAAUCCACUCAGAGAAUAUCGACCUCCCUUUUUUCUGCAAAAUGGGGCAAAAUAUAAAGGACAGUGGAAUGUUAGAACUAAUGAAAGAGAAGGUAGAGGAGUAUAAAUAUGGAUGGAUGGUAGUUUAUACGAGGGGUAAUGGAGAGACGAUAAAGCGAAUGGAAAUGGAAGACUUAUUCAUGCAGAUGGCGAUGUCUAUCUAGGUAAUUGGGUUGAAGACAAGGCAGAGGGAUACGGUGUCUACACGCAUUUAGACGGAGCUAGAUAUCAAGGAUUUUGGAAAGAAGAUAAAUAGCAUGGCAAGGGCUAAGAGACAUGGCCUGAUUCAGCUUAGUAUGAAGGCGAUUAUAUAAAUGGUAAGAAGCAUGGACUAGGCAUAUUCAAAUGGGCAGACGGAGCGAUGUAUAAUGGAGAAUUUUUCGAUAAUAAUAUUCAUGGGAAGGGAGUUUAUUAAUGGGCUGAUGGAAGAGAGUACCAUGGUGAUUGGAGAGAAAAUAAGAUGCAUGGCAAAGGUGUAUUCAAGUGGUCUGAUGGUAGGAGAUAUGAAGGGUAAUAUAUUGAUGAUAAAAAAGAGGGCUAUGGAACAUUUGAAUGGCCAGAUGGUAAGAAGUACAUAGGACAGUGGUUAAAUGGAAAAUAACAUGGAAAAGGUACAUUUGUCACCCCUAAUGGCCAGAGGAGAGAGGGCAUUUGGAAAGAUGGCAAAAGAGAGUCUUGGGUUGGAGAGGAGGAAUACUAGCAAUAAUCUCUGUCGCUAGCUUCAAAGCCUUCCAGGUCUAUCCACAUCAUAAAUCAAGCUCGCAAAAGAGUCUAGAUUUAGCAGCAAGCAAGGCCUAAGCUAUUGGUUUAGAGUUAGUGUAGAGCUUUCUUCAACAAGCAGGAGCCAAUUGAUUUCGAUCCAAAGAAGGAUUACUACAAGGUUCUAGAAGUAAAGGAGACAGCUUCGUAAAGCGAGAUCAAGAAUGCCUACUAUAGACUGUGCUAGUACUACCAUCCAGAUAGGAAUAAUGGCUAGUUCCAAGAUAAGUUCAAGGACAUCACAAGUGCAUACUAGGUAGUUGGAGAAGAGAAAAAGAGAAAGAGGUACGAUGCGCUUAGAAUGGGACAACCUGAUCCUGCCUAGACUGGAGGGUUUAAUUGGAAUAACGCAGCUAGGGGACAGCCAGGAGCAGGGUUUGAUUAGGAAAAGAUUAAAAGGGAUAUGGAGAACUUCUGGAAGUAGUUCAAUCAAGGAUUUUCUAAAUUUAAGAAAGAUUUCAAUGAUAGAGCAAGCAAAGGAGCUCCGAAUUACUCUUAGUAUACAAGCAAAUACUCUCAGUUCUUCAAAAACAACUUUAAGCAGGCUUCUGGGAAGCAGAUGAACCUCAAUGACAAGAAAAAACUAGUUCAUGGAUUAUUUUUGGUAUUUGGAAGUCUCAUGAUGCUAAAGUUGAUGUUUGGUGGCAGACAUUCCAGACAACAAAUGUAUGACUAAUAGCAAUACAUGCAGCAGAUGCAAUAGGGACCAUACUAGGGAGGUGGUGGAGGAGGUGGAUAUCCUGGAGGAUACGAACAGAUGCAACCACCACCAGGAUAUGGCGGUGGAAGAGGACAGCUGCCACCAGGUUACCCACCAUAGGUAGGAUUCUUAGCAAAUCAGCCAUAAUACCAACAGCAGCCAUAGCAAAUGCCUUAAUUCUACCAGCCUGGAGGAGUUGGAUAUCCUGGGAACUAACCAAUGGCUGGAGGUGCGUAUAAUCAGCCAGGCUACUCUCCUCGAUAAUGA